AUGGCGCCUAAACAAACAAUCUCCGAUUCUGCUAAAAUCAACAGUAACAUGGAGGCGCACUUUAGAGGAGUUAGGAAGAGACCAUGGGGGAGGUACGCCGCCGAGAUCCGUGAUCCCCACAAGAAAACUCGUGUCUGGUUAGGCACCUUUGAUACGGCGGAGAAGGCCGCUAAAGCUUACGACGCGGCGGCGCGUGAGUUUCGUGGUCCUAAGGCGAAAACUAAUUUCCCUAUGUAUGAUUACAAGGGCUUGAGUCAAUACAGUCCGAGUCAGAGCAGUACCGUUGAGUCUUCGAGUCGCGAUCCGGAACCGGUGGUGGCGUUGGAUCUCAACCUCUCGUACGGCGUCGCUGCUACCUCAGAUGUGGAAAACCAAAACGGAUUUUUCACGCCGCCGGCGAGUCAGGUACAGAUGCUUUACUUUAACGAAAGCCUUUCCGACGUUCCUUUCCGGCAACAUGUUGCUGCUCACUGCGAAGACUCCGACUCGUCGUCAGUUGUCGACGGGAAUCCGUCUUCGUCGCCGCGGCUUAUCGGAAUCGAUCUCAACUUUCCGCCACCAGAGGAAUAA